CACUGCUCCAUGAUGGGAACUCCACUCUAGAUUUUUUUAAAGUUCAGUUUCACCAUAGAGAUCAAGCUAUCAUUCUGAUCAGUGUUUUUGGGAGAAUGUGAUAGAGGGCUUACUGGCUGAUUAAAUGUUAUAAUUGGAGUUGAAACACCCCGGCCCAUAAUUCGAAGGCUCCCAGUUAUACUCAGGACGCAUAUCUCAUUUGCUCUCAAGCACGUACUAUGGUUUGUUAUGUGUCUACUUGGCUCCCAUGAACACCUCUAUAACUACACUUCAAGCCACUUGUUUCAGGGUGAGGGAGCGCUUGGUAAGACCAGUGGAUUCCUUGGGCAAGGGGCCCAUCCCCACACUUGAUGUGCUAUGAAAGAAGCUCCUUAGUCACAGCAGCUCUGUGUAUACCAUGAGGCUGAAUCCAGGGUUCUGUAUGUCCACAGGGGGUUGUUUGGCAGCAGAGCUGAAGGAAAGGGAGGCAAAUCCAUCUCCAGAGUGUCCAAUCCAGUGAGAACAAAGUAAUUUCCCUGCCUCAAUGGCAGCCAUCAAUAUAAUGCAUCUACCACCCAGUAUCUGGCUGAUUCUGCUGGGGAUGGUGCCACAGCAGGAACUCUGUGUUGGUCUCUGGGAUUGGCAGAUGGGGCCCCAGAAGUGGCUGAGUGUAGACUGAGUGGACAUCCAUGGUGAGUGGAAGGCCACGUCACUGAGCCCACACAGAGCCUCCAUCCAUGCUGUCUGAUCAGCAUCAACAGGAGUGACUGAGAAAGUGAGCACCUGACAUCCACAGAUGGGUAUCACUUGGAAAGGGUGACUCAGUCCAUGGACAACAGUAAUGGGUAUUUCUUCCUUGUUUUUCUAUGAAUACUUGCAUGUGUUUGGUCAUAUCAGGCAGAAGGAUGACUUUGUUGUGUUCAUUGUGGGAUCAUGUGUGUUUUAAGGAGAUGUGUACAUGUGCCACCUUGAUAGGAGAUCCAGUCUGGUGUUGUUGUGAUGUGUCACCUGGGCUAGGAUGCCCGUCAUCUACCAGAACACCUCUCUGGUGAGUGUCAGGUUAAGGUGGGCCCGGGAAAGUUGCUCAGGAAGAUCUCUCAGCCAGAGGGGAGCAGCCAUUCUUAUCACUGAUGACACUGCUGCUGAUCUGCUGACUUACUACCUGGUGGGAGGCAGCCGUGGGCCUGCCAUUACUCUACCUUCCCCAGAUCCUGCCUUAGAUGCUCUGACUUCUGGGCUAGGAGUGUGUGUCUAGCCUCAUUAAGUAGGGCCCCAGCUAGUGCAAGAGAACCCUGCCAACAAGUCCAGAGGCAAGUGACCUGGGUUUCAGUCUGCCCUUGUGGGAUUACCUGUCAUGUCUGUGGGUUCCGGCCUGACCUUGAUCCAUCAUUUUAUUUUUGGCUGCAGCCACUGCCUGGGGAUGUUCCCAGGCCAGGAAUUGAACGUGAGUCACUGCAAUAACUGGAGCCACUGCAGCCACAUCACUGGGUACUUAACCCGCUGAGCCACAGGGAACUCUCCCACUAUCAUCCAUUUCUAUCCAUCUUUCCUGACUGAUGGCUUACCCCAUGGACUGCAAUUUCCUACACUGGUCCAACAGCAUUCCACAGACUGCUUACCCAGCCCCCAGAGUCAAGUAAGGCCAACUUACCGUACAAUCUAUUAAAUGUGUACAUAUAUGUUGUGUAAAUCUCCCAGUGGUUCAGCCUCUCUAUUUAAACCUUGACUGAUACAUAUUUAUAAUUUUUUUCAUAUAAAAUUUUGAGUGUACAGGAAAAGCAUGUUAAUAAAAGAAGAUGAGUAUAUACAUACAUAUGUGUGUGUCCAUAUAAUUUUCCUUAAUGAGGAAAGACUCUUUCCGACAGCACCUGGCUCCCCACUUCCUGUUUCCCCAGGGGCAGAGACAGGGGACAUGGGGCAGAGGAAUCAGACCUCUCUGGCUGACUUCAUCCUGGAAGGGCUCUUUGAUGACUCCCUGGCCCACGCUUUCCUCUUCUCCUUGACCAUGGUGGUCUUCCUGAUUGCGGUGAGUGGCAACACCCUCACCGUCCUCCUCAUCUGUGCCGACCCCCGGCUUCACACCCCCAUGUACGUCCUGCUCAGCCAGCUCUCCCUCAUGGAUCUGAUGCAUGUCUCCACCACCAUCCCCAAGAUGGCCAUCAACUACCUCUCUGGCACCAAGUCCAUCUCCUUUGUGGGCUGUGCCACCCAGCACUUCCUCUAUUUGUCUCUGGGUUGUGCUGAGUGUAUUCUCCUAACUUUCAUGUCCUAUGACCGCUACGUGGCCAUCUGUCACCCACUGCGUUAUGCUGUUCUCAUGAACAGAAAGGUGGGACAGAUGAUGGCUGUUAUGUCUUGGUUGGGCGCAUCAGUAAACUCCCUCAUUCACACAGCAAUCUUGAUGCACUUCCCUUUCUGUGGGCCCCGGAACAUCCACCACUUCUACUGUGAGUUUCCAGCAGUUUUGAAGUUGGUAUGUGGAGACAUCACUGUGUAUGAAUCCACCAUGUACAUCAGCACCAUCCUCCUGCUCCUGCUCCCCAUCGUCCUGAUUUCUGCAUCUUACGUCUUCAUCCUCCACAGUGUUAUUCAUAUGCAUUCAGCUGGGGGUAAGAGGAAUGCCUUUGCCACCUGUAGCUCUCACCUCACUGUGGUUUCCCUCUGGUUUGGCGCCUGCAUCUUCUCCUACAUGAGGCCCAGGCCCCAGCGCACUCCAUUGCAAGACAAAGUGGGUUCCGUGUUCAACAGCAUCGUCACUCCCACCCUGAAUCCUCUGAUCUACACUCUGCGAAAUAAGGAUGUGGCAAAGGCUCUGAGGAAAGUGCUGGGGAGAGAGAUGAUCACUCAAAAUCCUCAAGAGAGGUUGUCCUGAGUGUGAGUUGAAUGGUUAAAACCCGUUAUAUUGUCCUUAGUAAAUUUCAAAGAAUUUUCAAGGGACCCCAUCCCUGAUGACUACUGCAAAAUUAUAGUGAUUAACAAACAUUCCAGUAUUCUAACCUGGUCUCAGGCAGCUAGGCACCAUAAAGAACUAUCGUAGUCUAUUUGAGCUGCCCUAACAAAAAUACCCAUAGACUGAGUGGCUUAAACAACAAACAUCCAUUUCUCCCAGUUCUGGAGUCUGAGAAGACCAAGGUCAAGUCUUGGAACAUUCUAGACACUCUCUAGUUUCUUUUGGAUCUCAUUUAAAAAGUGACCUUGUCCAAACAAGCCUCCUGAUGACCCUGUUUAAAGCAGCAUCUUCAUCCUGCAUCUCUCGAUUCUACCUUGUAACCCUAAUUUGCAUGAUUUGCGUAAUAUAUUCUACUUACUGACUGCUUUAUUAGAAUGAGCAUUUCAAGAGGGCAAGCAUUCUACUUUGUUUACUAUUUCUCACCCAAGCCAGGAACCAACACGACAUGAAAUAAUUACUGUUUGUUGCAUGGAUUAACAAAAGGGCCAAGACUGUCUUACUGUCUCACCUGACAUGAAUGAUAUUCAAUGAAGAG